CACAUUCCCGCGUCGUCUUUUAGACUCUGCGCAGGCGUACUGCGCGAACCAGCGACAUAGACUGGCGAGGCUGCCCUAGGAUAACAGCUGUGCAUCGAGAGCUACCGUCGCUUGCUAUGGUCUCCAAAACAAGGGACAUAGUUCAUCUCGAGCGCCUGUGAGUCAGGAGAGGAAGUGGCCGCCCGCUUUUACGAGCUGGGAGACGUGCCAAGGAUGACAGAUGACUCAAUUCAGCUCCAUGUGCCUGUUAUUCGGCAGCAAUAUCACUGGGACUGUGGGCUGGCCUGCUCCAGGAUGGUUCUGAGGUAUCUCCAUCCUGUGGGUGAAGAAGAGUUUCAGAAUGCUUGCUGGGAGCUGAAGCUGACCGAAAGUGUGUGGACUAUUGAUCUUGCAUACCUGUUGUGCCUCUUGGGUGUAAAGCAUAGGUUUUGCACCCAAACACUAGGAGUGGAUAAAAACUACAGAAACCAGUCAUUUUAUAAGAAGCAUUUUGAGACAGAAGAAGACAGAGUGAAUGAACUUUUUAAUAAAGCUGAUUCCAAUGGAGUGGUGGUUGAAAAAUGCUCCGUAACUAUUCAGGAGAUACAAAAUCAUUUGAUACAAGGACAUGUGGCUAUUGUAUUGGUGAAUGCUGUUCUGCUUGUCUGUGACCUGUGCUCGACUCCUGUCAAGUAUUGCUGCUUCCUUCCUGUUGGCCAGAAGUGCUUCUGCAGGAAACCUGACUAUCAGGGACAUUUCAUUGUUGUGUGUGGCUUCAAUAGGGCUACCAACAGUAUUUAUUAUAACAACCCGGCCUACUCCGACCGUGUGUGCUGCACCAGUAUCAGUAACUUUGAAGAGUCACGAAAGAGCUAUGGAACUGAUGAAGACAUUCUGUUUGCUUAUAAGGAAAGUUGAUGCCCACCCAGAGCAAUAAACAGUCACUGUGAUAUUCUUGCUGGUAUUCUGAAUAGGCUAGCAAAACAGAACUCUUCAGCCAUAUUUUGCACAUAACUUGUAAAAGAGCUGUAGUCAGAGUUUGUUUUCUAAGACUUGGCCAGUUUCAUUGGAUGUAUAUAUUAAUGAAAAGGGAAAUAUUAAAUGACAAACUCUGAAAUAUGGGGUUUACGAAAGGGAAACACAAUGGAAGAGAAAAGUAAAACCUGUGAUAUAUUCAUAACCUGCUAUCCAAAAAAAACAGUUUUAUCCAGGUUUGAAUAUAAUCCAGUGUAAUGAAUCCCUUGUCCAUAUAUUUAUCCUAUAGCAGAGAUUAUCCGGUUAUACCCUUCAGUGAUAUUUUGGCACAGGAUUUGGGUUAAAGAAAAACAAAA